ACCGAUCUUUGGUCCAGUGAUCACAGAACACAAGGCAGUGCAGCGAAGCAAACGUGUGACUCAGACUGAUCACUUAGCUUGAGAAAGUCCGAAUGAGUGUACGAAAGCUUGCAUAAGAAAUUUAAGGUUGGUAGAAGCUUAAAAACUACAUGUUAUCGUUAUCCAAUUGAGGAAAGUUUUCUGUAUCAUUUUAAAUGCAAAUGUUUUCCCGUCAACUUACCUCAGCGUUGGCUGAUAAAAGACGACACAUUGGACGCUUCUCUUUGACAGUCCUGGCAUUGUCUGCUUGUAUUUUAUUCGGGAUACAUUUACAAUAUUGGACAAACUUAUCCACCGUGAAAGAAAAUGCAGUUUUCAAAGCAAUCACGGGCACGAGUGAUGUCAGGAAAUCUGCAAAAGUCGAUGAAUCCCCUCCGUUUAUUAUUCUCAUGACCCAAUGGCGUUUCGGAUCUACUGCACUUGGAGAGCUUUUCAACCAGAAUCAAGAACUCUUCUACAUCUUCGAAUCACUUUUUCCAACUGUGACAUUAAGGAAAUUAAAGAAUGUAACGCAGAACACUCCGGAAAGCAAAGAGAUUGCCAGAGAUAUACUUCGCGGUUUCGCCAAGUGCAAUUUCAAAACGGACUAUGUGAAUAUUUUAAGUCAUUGGAGUGGUUCUGCACCUGGCCAUAACAGAGGACUCUGUUUAAACAGUCCAUCUUGCAGAAUGCACUCAGCAAGCGCUCUUGGGGACUUUUGCACAGAAUUUAAAGGUAGACUAGCCACAAAGAUCAUCCACGCCGAUCUAGACCUUCUGAAGCCGCUGGUGGUUGAGGACGGUAUCAAUCUCAAAAUUAUCCACCUUGUUCGUGAUCCCCGUGGAGCUGCCUCGUCUAGAAUAAACUACCUGAACUUCAAUAAUCCGCGAAAUGUGGCUAAAGCACGGCCUUUCUUCCCGAACUUGGGCCGCCUUAAACCGCUUGGUCUUCUUGAUGAUAUUCCAGAGUACAUGCUCCCCAUUCAAGAGAUUAACGAUAACAACCCUACAGUUCGAGGGUUGUGCCAGUGGAUCAGGGAGAAUACGAAGAGGUCGUCCGACCCAUUGCCUCCAUGGUUACAAGGACGAUAUCAUCUUGUUUUUUACGAGGACUUCGCCAAAGCCCCUUUGACAGAGGCUAACAAGAUUUACAACUUUAUCGGGAUGCCACUCAACCCAGAACUCAAGAAGUUUGUCCACGACAUGACUCAUUCAAACUCCAGUGACACAUCUUUAUUUUCAACUUCAAAGGAUGAGCACAAAACAACCAAUAAGUGGAUGAAGUACUUGACAGUUAUGGAAGAGAGACAAAUCAUAAAGGAGUGCCUGGAUGUCCUGCAACUCCUGGGAUACGAACCGAAUCGCACCUGGAUACUUCCAGAGAGUUGAUGGUUAAUUUCACUAGGAAACAGGGAAAAGGAUAUUGUCUAUCAAAGAGCAGACGAUCGAAGUUAGGAAAGGAGAAUGUAAGAUAGAAAAUGGGACUUUGAGAACAGAUAUUGAUACUACUUAAGAUAUUACUUCACAUAAUAUUAUCUUCACAUAUUUGGGCUUCUGAGCAUCAGAUGCGGCGCCCCGUUGAGGGGUUGGGCAAGGGGGCACUGUACCCUUAAUUUCAUUUUAAUAUAAUUAUAGUGUGCUAUCUUUACACUAACAGGGAGGAGGGGGUAGUGAGCACUAAUUGUUUCUUCUUCUUCAUUCUGCCCCCCCCCCCGAAA